CUCAUUCCUCUCUCUCUCUCUCUACAACCCCACACUUUCUCUCUCUAAAUCUCUUUCUCUAAAACCAUCCGCUCCCUCUCAUUCCUUGAAAUCUCUUGGCCUGCCUCUCACGCCUCCUCCCUCUCUCUCUCUCUCUCUCUCUCUAAGCAGCUUUGCUUGAUUGGUUCUCUGUUCUUCUUCCUGGUAAUACUUCUUCUUCAUCGCCAUGAAAGGCAGAGUCUGCGAGCUCUGCGGAGCCGACGCCUCGCUCUACUGCUCCUCGGACUCCGCCUUCCUCUGCUUCCGCUGCGACGCCGACGUCCACGGCGCCAACUUCCUCGUCGCCCGCCACAUCCGCCACUCUGUCUGCUCCUCCUGCGGGUCCCUCGCCGAAACCCGAUUCUCCGGCUCCGGCGUCGCUCAUCGGACAAUCGUCUGCAAGUCCUGCUCCGGCGAGCGCCCACUCCCUCCGGCGGAUGACUCCGACUGUCUCUCGUCGGAGUCGGACUGUGUCUCGUGGACCGGAUCCGCCGCCGCGGCUGCUCCUGCGAAGAUCCGUCGGCCGGGCUGUAACCGUAGGCGCGAGUUGGAGAGAGUCUCCUUCUCGAGCUCGCUGACGGAGACGUCCGGGAAGGACGACUCGGCGAGGUUGCCCUCCGGUGAGGUUAGCUCCCCCGCGGCGAGGAUCGGGAGGAAAUCGUCGCUGGCCGUGGCACGGAUAGACGCCAGGGCGGAGGGCAUUUUGGGGAUUUGGCGGCAGAGGCUAGGUCUGAGCGACGGCUCGGUCGUGGACCGGGCCUCCCGAGCCCUUGGCUUAUGCGGGGGUGAAAUGACGGCCCUGCCGCUGAGGGUCCUGCUGGCGGCAGCGUUUUGGCUCGGGCUGAGGAUGUCCAGGGCCAGGAAGGAUGCCACGUGGCAGGUGCUGAUCAGGAGGCUGGAGGAAGUCUCCGGGGUUCCGGCCAAGCUGAUAGUGGCCGCUGCGGCCAAGCUCGCGCGUGCGUGCCGGGCCAGGCGGAAACUGGGCGGUGACGACCCCGAAGAAGGCUGCGCGGAGUGCUCCGUGUGAUGAACUGAUCGCGCCUUGCCAAAUACUUGUGGUGGACGCAUUAAUCAAAUGAGAUUUGUUGUACGUCAACAUUUUAGGUUGGUUCCAUGGAGAUGAUAAGAAAUUUUUGACUGUUGCAAGCAUGCUUGAAAUAACAUUUUGAUUGUGUUGGUUGUAAAGGGGAUACGAUUGUUGUUUUAUCGGGUUUUAAUGUAUUAAUUAGUACGAGGAAUGUAUUUGCGGUAACAUUGUAUGUGUACAUUUCUCGUGUCGAACCUAUACGAAAUGGUAAAGAAACAAAUCACUUUUUCGAUUUAUCCA